AUGUCUGCCCAAUCUGGGACCGUUGGCCAAUCUUCCGUCAGUGGAGGGUCUACCCCAAAAAGAGCCCAAAGACCGAACGACGACCCGCGCACCGGAGAGUCGUCGAAAAUCAACUGCCAAAGGUGCAGGCUUCAGAAGCUCAAAUGCCCCCGUGACCUACCAUCGUGUGCAAGGUGUCGCAGAGUGGGCGCACGGUGCCACUACCCAACUAUCAAGCGGCGAAGAGCAGUCGACUCGCGACAAUGCAGCGGUCGAAAUCGAGAGGUCCUUCAUGGAGGCUCUUUGACUCCAACUGCCGAGCAGGCUCCUCGAACCGAGGCGAGGUCUGAUCACCAGUCUGACCUAGGAAGACGUGUGUUUCCGUCGUCAAGGCCAGCAGCUGAGGGGCCUAUUUGCGAACCUGCAUUGGCCAGUGGCAAAGAAAGUCACGCUGUCCAGCCGGUCGGAGUUGACAAUGCUGCUCUGCCCCCUGUUAUGUUCGGGUUGUCGCUAUUGGAGGUUUAUUUUUCGCAUGUGUACAAUUCCUCCGUGUUGCUGAUGAAAUCGACCUUUUUGCAAAAUUACAUUGAAGGGAAAGUUCCAACUUAUCUUCUGCGAGCCGUGUUUGCGCUUUCAACUAUAUUUCUACGGGAUUCUGUAGAAGCACCACAGUUCCCGGAUUCCUCAUCCCACAUCCACUUGUUGUCGGUUUUUGUUGGUCAAGGUUUACCAUGGGCACAAUCUGCAGCACGAGAAGCAUUAAGUUUAGCGGAUCAGCCAACGUUAGAAGUUAUCCAGGCAUUACAAUGUCUGCAGUUGUAUUGGUUCUCCGUAGGAGAUCUCGGUCGUGCAGCGGUUCAUCAUACACUCUCGUACCGCCUAUGCAUCAUUCUGGGCUACAACAAACCAACUCCGGUUGUGUCGAAUGAGAGUGAACGUCUGGCCUCGGAGCUGAAUCGUCGGUGCUUCUGGGCUUGUUGGGGUGCAAUAUGUGUCUUUUCGGACCCUCAAUCCGAUGGAGAAUAUGUGUGGCGACAGGCCGCUGGUGUGCCUUUGCCGGCAACCCUCAUCCGAAAUAGCCAUGGCUUUGAAGUGAUACUAAGCCAGAAAUUGGACGAGCUCUGGAAUGUUACACCCAUUGAAGGAUAUGAAGCAUCGGCAGACAACUUUAAUGCUCUGAACGAAGUCUACAAGCUUCUAGGAGUCUGGGCGAAAGUUCAACGCUACCUGGAUGAGCAUCAGCAUUAUAGUUUGGAUAGAAAGCAUGCAGAUCUCUCCUCUUUAUCGUCCCGGGCGACCAUGUUGUACUCACCAAGAGGAACAAUAGACCAGAGAGCUUCACGCGAGGUCAAAGAUCUUAACCUGCUGAGGCAAUGUCUGUACCACCUUUGUCAAAUCAUGCUGCACUCAUCAGUGGUGCCUCUAUUCUCCCCACAACCGACCUUAUCCAAGAUGUCUCCAUCCAGGGUGAAGGCUAGCGCAGGGCUAGUGCUUCAGAGUACCACCACCCUGGCAACUAUAUUCAAGCUACGUGUACAGGAGAACGAUGGGUUGAGGACUAUUAGUCCGCUAGCCGCGUAUGUCGCUUUCGUUACCGGAUCCGUUCUUGUGCUCUAUGGCAGGGUGAGGUCACACAUGCAGAUUUCCGAAGACACCAAGAUGGUCCCUGGGGUAGAUUCAGAUGAAAUGAUAGCAAUCCGUCGACUGCUGCGGAUAUUAAAGGUGCACUGGUGGUCUGUGGCGAGAUUGGCCGAUAAGCUCGACAAUGCAAUCACAACAUAUCAUGCAUUGGGCAGCAAUGUCGAAAUUUCUCAGCCAGACUCCCCGAACCUGGAAAGCACACAAUCAGGGGCAGCAAACCCUCGGAACCGUCCAUUCAAUUCGCUCAUACGAACCGCAUAUGUUCCUGACCGUGCUCAGGAAAAGGACCAGGAAGUCGAUCAUGACGACACAACAACUGUGACUGUGGCAGCGCCAACAACUGCACACAGCCUCCAUUCACAGACAGAGCUUGGACUGGGCACAAUUAUUGGCCAGAAUGCUUAUGAUCAGUGCAAUUUCCAGACUGAUUUAGAUGGUCUCUCUUUCGACGGUUGGCUAGCAGAUGGGUUUGGCCUGAAUUUUAAUGCAAUCGAGCUAAGCCUUGAUAGUGAUUCGUAUCGGAACGAUUUCUUCGGUCAAGGUACCCUUUUCUCGUAG